AUGACUAGCAUUUUACUCCUCCCUUUACUACUCUAUAUCUACUUCCUGAGCCCCGCCACAGCCCAGACCAAACAUGUUGCAACCGACCUAUUCAACUCCCUAGAGGAGUUAUCCCGAAUAGUGGACAUCUCAUACUGCGUCGGAACAACAGGAGUUCAACAACCAUUCCAGUGUCUGAGCCGCUGCAUCGAAUUCCCAGAUCUAGAACUAGUAACCACCUGGAACACAGGCCUCCUCCUCUCCGACUCAUGCGGCUACAUAGCCCUCUCCCACACCCCGACCUCCAAACAAAUCCUCCUCGCCUUCCGCGGCACAUACUCAAUAACAAACACAAUAAUCGACCUAUCCGCCUACCCACAAGCCUACAUCCCAUACCAAGACGAAGAAAAUACCUGCGAAAACUGCACCGUGCACGCAGGUUUCAUGCGCUCAUGGCUAAACACCCGAACAGAAAUCAUCCCCCGAAUCUCCGCUCUGCGUGAACAAUACCCAGAUUACCCUAUAACGCUAGUUGGUCAUUCCCUGGGCGGAGCUAUCGCCGCACUUGCCGGACUGGAAAUGCGAUUGAAAGGUUGGGAUGCGACUGUGACGACGUUCGGAGAGCCUAUGAUUGGGAAUUGGGCGUUUGCGAGAUUCCUUGAUGAGCAGUUUGGGCUGGAUGGUAUAACUAUCCCACCGCCUGGGGGAUCGGAAGGGGGUCAGCGAUUUCGCCGUGUGACGCAUGUUGGGGAUCCGGUUCCUAUGUUGCCGCUUGUUGAGUGGGGGUAUAGUCCUCAUGCAGGGGAGGUUUUUAUUUCGAAGGAGGGGUUGCCGCCGCGGGUGGAGGAUGUGGUGCAUUGUGUUGGUGCGGAUGAUCCUGCGUGUAUUGCUGGUGGGGGGAGUGAGGGGGCUUUGGGGGAGUUGUAUCGGGAUUUGAAUAUUCCUGUUGGGUUGGCUGGUGAUGGGGAGGGGUGUCGGUCGACUGGUGGCAGUGGCAGUGGGGAUGGUGCUAUGGCAGGGGAGCAGGCUGUCUUGGGACAUCCAGUGGGUUCUGAUCUUGGUUGUGAGGAUCGAUUAUCGCCUCUUCGGUGGGAUUGGUCUCUUAUACCGGCGAGGUAUCGACUUUGGGAGCUGUUUUAUGCUCAUCGGGAUUACUUUUGGAGGAUUGGGCUUUGUGUUCCGGGGGUGAUCCAACUGGGUAGAGUAUAUGUAUCUAUUUGGGUUGGAUGCGGGCGUUGGUUGCUUGGUUUACUGUUGAUAUAA